AUGUCCUCUCACUCGCUGGAAGAGUCGGAGAAAUCAGCAAAUGUCCGUGGAUUCAGAACACUUGAUUCAAGUCCCAGCGAAAUGGGAAUGUCAAAAAAAUCUCUGGAGAAGCUGGAAAACCAGCUCACCGUGGAGGAUAUAAUGAAGUUGCAGGAUGUGCUCAUGCCACCAGGUUUAAAAGAGUUUGUGCCAGUUAAUAGGAAGGCCUUCAUCGACAGGUUGGUCACAGCCCUUGGAUGUGGUGCUGAAGAGGAAUAUGGCGACCUGUUUGACCGAAUCGACGUGACCAGGGAUGGCUUUGUUGACUGGGACAAAGUUACGACCUUCAUGCUGUUGGGUCAUUAUGAGAAAGAAGAGCGUGUGAAGACAUCGGUCGUCCCCCAGUGGGGAGAUAUCGUGUACCUUCCAUCGCAUCACAAGGAGCCCAUACAAAGUAUAGUCCACCUGACCAACUCUCACCGUUACCUCAGUAUCAGCAAAGAUGGGUGGAUGAGCGUUUGGGGGGAAAACCUGAAGCUGCAGAAAACAUUACGAGUCGCCACCGACUCCGUGAGAUUGCGGGACCUUUGGGUAACGAGUAUGAUCUUCAUGGCUAAUGUAAACAAGAUAGCUGUUGCAUUUACCAGUAAGGAGAUUUGCUUCUACGAUCCAAAUUCCAAAGAAGAAUUUUCCUGGCAGUAUAAACUCCACGGAUUAUGCCACACUCUGAUUUGUAUGCAUUAUUGGUACAACCCAGAAGAUGGAAAUGAAGCCAUUCUCACCUUUGGAGAUGUUUCUGGUGAGGUCAAUGCUAUCUGUUUUACUUCAGCUUUAAUUUCUCUCUUUGAGAGACCUGUCACUUCUGCAGAGGAGCAGGAGACCACCGUCGCUAUCAGCUGGCUGGAGCUGCUCAGAGGGACUCACAAGUGUUGCUUCACAUUGAACCACAAGGGCCAUAGUAGAGAAUGGGUCAGGCAAGUGAGUUACUUUUCCAAUUUGGAAGCUUUCAUUUCUUGCGCUACCACUGACAUCAACACAAUAGUCUUGGGCUGGAAAGAAAAAGGAACGACAACACUCAAAGUCACUGCUUUCCAUGUUACUGAGGGUGUUAAUGCAUUUGAUUACCAUCCUGGACUCAACUUAAUUGCUUCUGCUGCUGCAGACCAUCAUAUCUACCUCUGGAACCCCUACCUCAAGGUUAGACCCACUGGCGUUUUGCGUGGUCACCAAGCCAGUGUCCUCACUGUACAAUUCAGUAUCUCACGAAAACAACUCUUUAGUUUUUCAAAGGACAAGAUUUUACGAAUUUGGGACAUGCACCAUCAGCUUUGUGUCCAGCGACUUGCUGGGAUUUUUCCAAAGCCUCUGGAAUUCCAAACAAUUCUGUAUUUCAAUGAACUUCUGGGUCACCUGUUCACCACUUUCAACAGCCAGCUGACCUUGUUGGAAAUGAAACAAGAAGUUGGCAAUUGCCUAACGAGUCAUGAGAAACCAGUUACCUGUGUACUUUAUAAUUCACACUUCAAGCAGGUGAUCAGCUCGGACGUUGGAUCAACAGUAAUUAUCUGGAUGAUAGAAACUGGUCAAAAACUAAAACAAUUUACUCGGUGUCACGGCAAUUCUGAGAUCACAACGAUGACCCUGAAUGACACUGAAACGAGAUUAUUCACUGCAAGUGUUGAUGGAACAGUGAAGAUUUGGGAUUUCAAUGGACAUUGUCAUCAUAAACUGAAUGCAGGAAUGGACCAGGCAGCUGAGAUCUCUCAGAUCUUGAUACUAAAAAGGAGUAUAUUGAUACUUGGCUGGGAAAGUAAGAUUACUGUAUUCCGAAUGGACACCCUGACUGAGUUACUAGUCCAGCCUUCAAAAUGGAAGGGCAAGGCACAACAUCACAAUGAUAUCCUUUGUGCAGCGUUUUUACCACCUCAAACACUGGCCACAGGCAGUUACGAUGGAGAGAUAGUAAUAUGGAAUAAUAAUUCUGAAAACGCAUCGAGUAGAUUUCAUCCAUGUCUCAAUCAAACAUUGCAGCUCAGAUCAGGCGGUGCUAACCUCGUGACCUGCGGUGCGUCUGGAGUUGUCCGGUUCUGGAACUCGUUUAAAUGCCAGCUUCUGUCUGAGUUUGACGCACACGCUGAUGCAUUGUCCAUCGUGAUGGCGGUCGACAAGAAGAAUAGCUUCCUUAUCACAGGAGACGUGAACGGCUGCAUUAAGAUUUGGAAUAUCGAGGACUACUGCCUGAAUUACAGUGAUGUCGUCAUGACACAACUCCCACCAAUGGUGGCUGCAAUACAACCUCAUUCAGAUUGUGUAAACCACCUUGAAACGUGUACACAAGACGGCCAAUUGCUCAUUCUCUCUGCGGCAGCCGACUGCAGUCUCGUUCUCAGUUACAUUUCUGGAUCAGUAAUUGGUGUAUUUGGACAGGAUGAACAUUGGCGGAUUGGUAAACGUUCGCCGCCCCCCGUGAUAAAGUUGCCCCCCAAAGAAGAGAAGACCCCCAAUCAGAAACCCAAGAGAAGUAAAGUGUGUCCAUCAGUGACCAUAGACGAUGCCUCUCUUAUGGAGGAGGAUAUUGAUUCAAACAGCAGGGUGGAUAUAUGGCAAACUACAGUAUUGGGCAAAACAUUUAGGGAAAGCAGAAUCCAGAGAAGACCGAGACCUCAGCUCUGUACUUGGGAGAAAGUACAGAGCCCGAUUGGGACAUUCAGUUCCCUGCAUAUGGAAGAUUUGGAGAAAAUUAUAGACUUGACAAAGCCAGACUUUCUGCAGAACCCCCAUAAAUAUUUCGAUGGGAAGACGGAGGAGGAUUAUAACGAGAAACAGAUAUUUCCUACAGCUCCUGAAACUUUAAAAGUAGCUUUUGAUGAGAAGAGCCUGUUUCCUAAAGAGUUGCUGGAUCGUGAAAAAAAAAUAAACCUCCUGCACAAGGAAGAUUUAAAUGUAAUAAAAGCAAAAGCAAAUGGGGACGGGCCCAGACUGAAAGCAAGACAACUCCAAGAGAUUGCUCCAGAAAACAAGCUGGGGAAGCGGUGA